GCAGCCCUAAUUUUCCGGCGCUACUUCCAAAUAGUCGCCCUCUCAACUUUUGUUGGGUCCGUCUGUGGAUUGUCCCCGGCCUCCUUACCGUCGCGUCCAAAUCAUCCUCACACCCCGCAGCAUCUCCACGCCGCCACACCUCGUCGCGUCGCGUCGUCUCCGCCGAGAAGAUGGUCGGACCAGGCCUCUACACCGAGAUCGGCAAGAAGACCAGGGAUCUGCUGUACAAGGACUACCAGACAGACCACAAGUUCACCCUCACUACCUACAGCUCCAAUGGCGUUGCUGUCACUGCUACUAGCACAAAGAAAGCUGACCUGAUCUUCAGUGAGAUCCAUUCACAGAUAAAGAACAAGAACAUGACCGUAGAUGUGAAAGCAAACUCAGAGUCAAAUAUCAUUACUACAGUUACUGUCAAUGAGAUUGCAACACCAGGACUGAAGACUAUCUUAAGCUUUGCUGUUCCUGAUCAGAGAUCUGGAAAGGUUGAGCUUCAGUAUUUGCAUGAUUAUGCUGGAGUUAAUGCAAGCGUUAGUCUGACAGCCAAUCCUGUAGCCAACCUCUCUGCUGCCUUUGGCACUAAGGCUCUCGCAGUUGGUGCAGAAAUCUCAUUUGAUUCUGCCACUGGGAACUUCACCAAAUACAAUGCUGGAUUGAUGUUCACUCAUGAAGACCUUAUCGCAUCCCUUAAUAUGAACAACAAGGGAGACAACCUUACUGGAGCUUACUACCACAAGGUGAGCGAAUUGACAAACACAGCUGUUGGGGCAGAGCUUACCCACAGUUUCUCGACCAAUGAAAACACCCUCACCUUUGGCGGGCAGCACACUCUGGACCCACUAACCGUCUUGAAGGCACGCAUCAACAACUCGGGCAAAGCCAGCGUCCUGAUCCAGCAUGAGUGGAGGCCAAAGUCGCUGGUCACCAUCUCGGCUGAGGUCGAUACAAAGACCAUUGAGAAGAGCUCGAAGGUUGGAAUUGCUGUGGCCCUCAAGCCCUGAUUGAUUAUCAAGACUAUUUUUUCUUCUAAGGUCCUAGCAUGACUGUUUGGGUCAUAUCAGGUCAGCUGGGGAAAACAAAACUGUUGGGGUUACCGGCAUCUUUUGGUCGUUGCAGUCUGUUGAUUUCAUGAACUGCGAAAUGUUUCAUUGAGGAAAUUUUUGGGUCAUCUGCUUAGCGCUCUGUU